GAGGACGUCACGCCGCCUGGCCGCGGACUGCCCCGAGCUCCCUGGCCCCGAGAUGGCCAGUGCUUUGUGGAGCUUCGCGGAGGCCGCCACCUUCGGGACUCCGGCAGAGGAUCGGAUACGACGAGUGGGCGCCGACGAAGCUGGCUGGGAGCGAGUGGCUGACAGGAUCUGGGCCCACGCGACGGGGGAGGACUACGACGGGCAGCCCCUGGACUGGGUGCUGCACAUCGGUGUCGGGCUCCUCGUGGCGUGCGGGCUGGUCGCACUGGUGGCAGAGUCAGGUCGGCACCGAGUCGCGGGCGCCGCUGGGGCGCCGUGUGGCAGCCUCGUGCUGUGGCGCCGCCUGCCCGUGCGUGUGAGCGCCUGGUGGGCCCGCUGGAGCCGCCGCUCGGCGUUCGCCGCGGCCCUCCGUAGUGGCGGGGACGGGCUGCCCGCUCUGGGGGCUGAGGACGCCGACGGCGCGGCCGUGGCAGGGCCGCAGGCGCCGCCGCCUGGCCUCCCCGCGCUCCCCAGCCCGCCCUGGGCCCCACCAGCCGAGAGCGCUGGGGUCUGGACGGCGCCCGAGAAGCCUGGAGCGCAGGACGUGGCGGCUCUGCGGGCCUUCGGCAAGGGGGAGGAGGUGACUGGGCCUUUCAGCCAGACGGCUGCCCAGCAGCUUGGCGGGGGGAGCGCUGCCGUGCCAGGUGGGCCCCCCGCCCUCCGUGCUCAUGUCCCUCACUCCCCUGCCGAUGCUGUGAAGCUGGGCCAGGAGGCGCAGAUGGUGCGAGCCACACUCACCGAGUUCCAGGCCCAGGCGGCGACGAACGUGUACUGGGCGUGGCACUUCUGGGAGCGCAUAGCAGCCGUGGACUCCUCCAGAGGCCUCCACCCCGACCUGCGACGCCUGCUGCAGACGCACGGCUACGUGGGGGCGGGCACCAAGUCCCCCACAGGGGGGAGCUUGCCGCAGGAGCUGGAGGCGCUGGUGGCCACGGCCGCGGCGCCGCACGGAGGAGGCAUGCAGGCCGCCCCGGGCUGGAGCUGGACGCCAUCAGUGCAACAGCAGCAGGAAGACAGUCGGUGGAACCUCAGCCGCCCGCCGGACUUGAAGCGGGCAGCGCCAGAGAUCUACCGCUCCAUGCGCGGGGCGGGUGCUGCGAGCGCUAGGGACUGGCUGUCGCAGGAGGUCACAGGCCAACAGCACACGGCCGUCUGGACGGACCUGUGGACGGCGGCCACCAACGUGGGCUACCUGCUGGGAGGCUGCAGGACGCAGUCCGAGGUGCUGACGCGGCUCGCGUCGGACGAUGCGCUCGAGCUGCACCUGCGCCGCCUGGCGAGCUACGUCUACGAGCUGAGGACGAAGGACAAGGUGGGAGCGGCGGCCAUGCUGGCGGUGCGGCCGCCGGGGUCCGCCACGGACCUGGCGCCCACCUGGCUGGUGACCGAGGCCACCGCCCACAGCAAGGCGGAGCACCAGCGAGACGAGCGCGUCGCCGUCGCAGGCAAGCGCGAGGGCCGAGGCUCGCUUGCGCGGGCCCUGCAGUGGAAGGAGGCCGCCGCCAGGACACGACGGGCUCGACGAAUGCGCGUGUGGCGCAGAGCCUGCGGGCUCAUCGAGCUCAUGAACGGGAUGGACUGCGGAUCCCUGGAGGCGAGACCAACGGGCCAGCGAGUAGCGUGGGACGACGAGAGGAUGCUGGCCUGGAAGCUCGUGCAGCAGUACGCGUUGCAGGACGCGGCGCGGUACGAGCGCGACUGCUGGGGGCUCGCCCCGACAGGCGGUCACGGGACGGAGCUCGCUCACGACAGAGGGCCGCAGGACGCCUACACUGGAGAGCGUAAGAGUGUGAGUAAGCAUGUGAUGAUGUGCGCGUCGGCCGUGGCCGAGCCGCCGGACGACCAUGUUGUCGAUCUGCUGGAGGCGCUACCCGAGGGUGAGCGGCAGUACUACACGGACGAGCUGAACGUCCUCGACUACAGCGGGAAGUCGGGCGUCAUCUUCGAGGAGCUGGAGGAGCGCUUUGCGUUCGUGGGGGGCUCGACGUCGGAGCACGCCCGCUACCUGAUGCGGGAUGACCUACCGAAGGAUAUGUGGACGUUCGAGAACCCCUGCGAUGUGCAGGCCUACUGUGGUUUCAGCUGCGUACCGAAGAAGGACCCGACGAAGCAGCGGAAGGACAACGCCUUCACGCGCCUCAGGGUGCCCGCCUGGAUGGCCCGGUGGCAGGCCUGCCCGCCGCUGCGGGCCUGCUGGGUGUGGGAGAAGCUGAGCCAGCGGAUCCAGGACCUGGUGGGGCCUGCUGGCUGGGUGGCACCCUGCUACCACAGGCUGGCCAUGGGAGGCUCGCACUCCGUGCACCUGCUCAUGACGGUGAAUACGGCGAUCAUCGGCAGGGCGUUGCUGGGCGUGGGGGCGCGCCUGGCAGCGCUCCAGGGCGCUGCGACCCCCGCGGCCGCCGCGGCAGGCGGCGCGCCUGGGCCCUCGCCGCCCGAGAACGGGGGGCUGGAGGGCGAGGCGCUAGCGGGGGGUGCACAAGAGUGCGGGCAAGCACACCGCUACGACGACGACUGGGUCGUGCAGCAGUCGAGCUGCCGCGAGGAGCCCCCGAGCUUGGAGGGCUACAGCGUGGCCAUGUGGAUCGAAGCUGUGAAGGCGGCGAAGAGGGAGGGCAUGGAGGCCCUGAUCGAGUUACGAUGCGACGGCUCCCACGCCCACGAGUCUGCCGAGGGCAAGUUGGCCGACGGGACCUUCCGCACGAGCCCCCUCGCGCAGUACCCCGAGGCGAUGUGCGAGACGUUGGGAAGCAUGAUAGUACAGACCCUGGCCUGCUUCGAGAUGAGUGGCCUGGGUGGCACGGGUUGGCGACGGCCGCCCGAGGCAGACAGGACGGUGACGGCCUGGGGCACUCGCAGCACGACCGCCCCCGCCGUGGCCGUGAGGAACGAGGACGUGCUGCGAGGACGAGGGCUCGUGCUGGAUGGACCGCAGAUGGCCUUCUACCUGCACGUCGACGACGGCGUGGUGAUGGCGGGAGGCCAGGACGGCGGCUCACGAGCGACGAGUACGAUGCACCAGCUAGCGGACGCCCUGGCGGAGGCGGGCUUCGUGGUCACCGACCGCACGGAGGCCUGCGACAUGCGGAAGGUGCCGGGCUGCGCGCCGCAGGCGCGACCAGCUCCACUUCGGCAGCCGCCGGCGAGGGCCCGAGAGCUGGCGCAACAGCUUGAGCUGAUGAGUGGCGCGCGCACCGUGGACACGGAGGAGCUGCGCUCGCUCCUGGGAGCUUGGAUCUGGGGGGCGCUGCUUCGACGGGAGGUGCUGUGCAUCCCCGGUGCGGUCUUCCGCCUGCUGGAGAGUGUACCCGCGACAACGGGUGGGCACCUGGGCGACAGUUCGCAGGGAGCUGCGGGCCACGGCCAAGGUGGUGCCACCAUGUGUGCGGACCCGGGGGCCCCACCCGCGCCCGUCUACUUCGCUGCGGAUGCCAUGGGCGCGAGCGCCGAGGACGACGGGGGCUGGGGGGUCCUGGUGACCGACAUGAGCAAGGAGAUCGCGCAGGACCUCAUCGACACGGGCGGCAGCUUGGGCCACACCGUGGCGCGGCUGGACGGCGAGCUGACUGGGCCGAGGCGCCCGGAGCAGACGAUCAGGAGGACGAAGCCCUUCCGCCUCCUGCCCGACCGCGUGUUCAGGCCCGACGAGGACUGGACGAUCGUGGGCCAGGGGAGGUGGCGAUCCGCCGACCACAUCACCCUGGGAGAGGGGCGCUGCGUCGUGAAGAUCACUCGCUUGGCGGCUGCUACGCCGGCGCUCCACCGCACCGCGCUCCCGAUCCUGGAGGACAGCCAGCCAGUGUCGGGCGCGGUGAACAAAGGGAGGUCCCCGGCCCACCAGUUGAACCACCUGCUGCGUCGGAAGACUGCAGCGGGGCUAGCAUCACGCACAAAGAUUUUGAUUCCAUGGGUGGAGACACUCAAGCAGCCUGCCGAUAAGAUAUCGAGGUGCCUGAACCGUGCUGAGCUUCGCGGCCUUCGUCAUGUCGGGGCCGAGGAAGCUGGACAGCACUUCUGUUGA